AUGGUUAUCCUGGUUCUUACAUUUGUGUUGACCAAAGGCCGAAAGAAGAGCAGAAAGCCACCUACUAAUGUUGAAGAGUAUCCACAACAUGCAUGGAGAAGAAUUUCCUACCAAGAACUAGUUAGAGCUACAGAUGGAUUUAGUGAGAACAACCUACUUGGCAGAGGAAGCUAUGGUUCAGUUUACAGAGGAAGAUUAGAUGAUGGGAUGGAGCUUGCAGUAAAGGUAUUCCACCUACAUUUUGAAGGCGCACUCAUCAGUUUUGAAGCAGAAUGUGAAGUUCUGGCUAGUACUCGACAUCGAAAUCUUGUUAAAAUCAUUAGUAGUUGCUCAAAUGAUGAUUUUAAAUCUUUGAUACUCGAGUACAUGCCCAAUGGGAGCUUGGCGAAAUGUUUGUAUUCUGACAACUGCAUUUUGGAUGUUUCACAUCGGUUGAACAUAAUGAUAGAUGUUGCAUCUGCUUUGGAAUAUCUCCAUUUCGGUCAUUCAGCCCCCAUUGUACAUUGUGACUUAAAGCCCAACAACAUCUUGCUAGAUGAAAAUAUGGUUGCACAUUUGAGCGAUUUUGGAAUUUCAAAGCUCUUACGUGAAGAAGACUCUAUGAUGCAAACACAAACCCUUGCUACCAUUGGUUAUAUGGCACCAGAGUAUGGAAGAGAAGGAAAAGUAUCGCGAAAGGGAGAUGUUUACAGCUUUGGUAUUAUGCUAAUGGAAACAUUUACAAGAAAGAAAUCAACAGAUGAA